UUCUUGAGUGCGCUGCCUUCAAGGACAUCAGGGACAAUUAUUUGGAUACUUUGACAGCUGGCUCUUGGUAUAAUUUUGUCAAUGAGGGGUAUGUUGGGAAGAUGGGGUCACUCAUUACUACCUUGCAUAAAAAGAGGAUGGAACUGCAAAAGUCAGUUUGAACUGUUGUCUGGUCCCAUAGGUUUUUUUUAGCCUCGUGGACAUUAAAAUUUCUUCUUCUUCUUCUUCUUCUUCUUCUUCUUCUUCAAUCCUCCAUUCAUUCAGCAGUAGCACUGUACAGGGAUGGUGAAAUAAGGUGAGUUGCGAUCAACAGUUGAAAUAUUUUCAAUUGUCUUGCACUGAUUUUCCCCAAUUUUCAAUCAUAUAUUGUAAAGAUCAGCUUAUUCAUUUCAUAUAAGAGACAAUUAUAGAACUAUGCCCUAGUCAUCUGAUAGCUACACCACUAAAGCAGCUGUAACCCAACGAUAAUUAAAUAUUUCUUUAUCUAGAGAUGCGUUUGGCAAUUGGUGGUUUUGUUUCCCUUUGAGAAUCUGCUGGUUGUAGAUGCACAACACAGGGGGGAGGGAGAGACCAGAAUGGAAGUGUUUAGAGGUGAAAGUGUGAUGAUCAAACCUUACAGUGUGGGUGGAGAUCAUCUGAGUUGUAAGCUUGUUGAGCUAAGCAAUUUGGAUUUAGCUGCAUAUCCCAUGUACACCAAAGUGUUAUACGCUUUCCAGGCUCCCACUCCAACCACACAGGCUUUGAAGGAAGGGCUAGCCAAGGUGCUCACACACUACAGAGUAUUGGCAGGCAGAUACACCAAACAGCAGUUCAAUGGCCACCUUGCAAUCGAUCUCAACGACGAGGGUGCCGUUUUGAUACAAGGCAAAGCAGAUGGGAGUAUAGCAGAUACGAUGCCUUUUCUCCCCUCCCCACUACUCCUCGACUUAGUUCCCCCCACACCCCCUGGGGUCAAGGAGCUUAUACUGGUACAGAUUACUCGAUUUAUAUGUGGAGGGUUGGUGAUAGGUAUAGCUCUUCAUCAUCAUGUUGCAGAUGGGCAUGCAACGUUCACUUUUAUCAAUUCCUGGGGAAAAGCUGUUAGAGGGGAGAGUAUUCAACAACCUCCUUGGAUACAUGACAGAUCUCUAUUAAAAGCAAGAGAUCUACCUCAACAAGUGUUUGAUCAUUAUGAGUACAAUACCAUAGCCCAUAAGAAAUCUCCAAGACAGUCGAUUCGAUCCACAAAAGUAUUUCAUUUUGAUGGCAUAUUUUUGGAUAAACUCAAGUCAAAGGUAAAGCAAUCCAACAAAGAAAAGAAAAACUACACUACUUUUGAAGUACUUGUCGCCCAUUUAUGGAAAUGCAUUUCAGGAGCCCGAGGCCUUGAUGGAGAUCUGCAAACAAAAGCUUCCAUUCCAAUAGAUGGAAGGAAAAGGAUAAAUCCUCCCAUUCCUGAAGAAUACUUUGGUAAUGUUGUCUAUGAGUCAUGGGCUCAGACCACAGUGUCUGAGCUCAUCAAUGGGUCUUUAGAUUUUGUUACAGAGUUGAUCCACAAGUCAAUUACUAAGGUAGAUAAUGAUUUUAUACGAUCAGCUAUUGAUUUUUUUGAGCUAAGCAAGGAAAUAACAGGGCCACUAGAACUUGAUGAUACUACUAAUGUGAUAGCCACAAGUUGGCUAAGAUUUCCUUAUUAUGAAUUCCAUUUUGGAAUGGGAAAACCAGUGUAUGUAGGCCCUUCAAUGAUCCGAUCUGAAGGCCUUAUCAUCUUAUAUGAUUCAUAUACCAAAGAAGGGAGUGUAGACGUUAUGGUUUGUUUGUUGGAACCACAUAUGGCUAUAUUUGAACAAACUUGUUUUCAAAUUUGAUUACAAAUCCCUCACCAUAUCAUCAUAGUUUUAAAUAAUAUGCAAGAAUUAUCUUUAAUAAGCUUAUGCGAAUUAAGUGUUGUAGAUUUUCUUUGAUAUAAAUAUAUAUAACAUGUAUUAUUCUUUCAAGUUGUA